GGCUGGCCGCAGCCGGGCGGGCACAAUGGAGGCGGUGCGGUGAGGUCAUACACGACGCACCAUUCGCGGAAGUGGCCCCGGCGGGGUACGGUGGCCGGCGGGGCAGGUCCGGGUGGUGUCGUUGCGCGGUAGCCGGAGCCGGCCCGGCUCCCCCCUUAGCCCGGCGGGACCAUGUCGCUGCUGCAGUCGGCCUGGGACUUCCUGGCGGGGCCCGGCUCCCUGGGGGCCGCCAGCCGCGACCACAACGACUUCGUGGGGCAGACGGUGGAGCUGGGGGACAUGAAGCUGCGGAUCAAGCGGGUCAUCGCCGAAGGUGGGUUUGCUUUUGUAUAUGAAGCUCAAGAUCUUGGAAGUGGCAAAGAUUACGCUUUAAAGAGGUUAUUGUCUAAUGAAGAGGAGAAGAACAGAGCUAUCAUUCAAGAAGUUUGUUUUAUGAAAAAGCUUUCAGGUCAUCCCAAUAUUGUCCAGUUCUGCUCUGCUGCAUCAAUAGGAAAAGAAGAAUCGGAUACUGGGCAGGGCGAGUUUCUUCUGCUCACCGAGCUUUGUAAAGGGCAAUUGGUGGAAUUCUUAAAGAAAGUUGAAUCCAAAGGGCCCCUCUCGUGUGAUACAGUUUUGAAGAUAUUUUAUCAGACCUGCAGAGCAGUGCAACAUAUGCAUAAACAGAAACCACCUAUUAUUCAUAGAGAUUUAAAGGUGGAGAACAUGCUGAUUAGUAACCAAGGGACAAUUAAGCUGUGUGAUUUUGGCAGUGCUACAACUAUAGCACAUUAUCCUGAUUACAGCUGGUCUGCGCAAAAGAGAGCAAUAGUUGAAGAGGAGAUUACAAGAAACACAACACCAAUGUAUAGGACUCCAGAAAUGAUAGACUUGUACUCAAACUUUCCAAUCGGUGAAAAACAGGAUAUAUGGGCCUUGGGCUGUAUCCUGUAUUUAUUGUGCUUUAGACAACAUCCAUUUGAAGAUGGGGCUAAGCUUCGCAUAGUCAAUGGGAAAUACUCUAUUCCUCAGAAUGACACUCGAUAUUCUGUGUUCCAUGAUCUCAUUCGUUCCACUUUGAAGGUGAACCCAGAGGAGAGGUUGUCAAUCACUGAACUUGUGAAUCAGCUGCAGGAGAUUGCGGCUGCCAGGAACGUGAAUCCUAAAUCUCCCAUCACAGAGCUCCUGGAACAAAAUGGAGGCUAUGGAAACAAUGCUGUGCCUAGAAUGUCUACAAGUUUGGUGCCCCAGGGCUCCAAGCCUGCGGGACAGCUCAACAAUAUGUACAAUGCAGGCCUGACAGUUGCAGAACUUGACCAGUCUUACGGAGGGUUCUUUGAUAUUCUCAAAGGUGGAACAGAACGGUUUUUCACAAACAUCAAGGAUACUUCUUCUAAAGUGAUCCAGUCUGUGGCCAAUUAUGCAAAGGGAGAUUUGGAUAUAUCAUAUAUCACUUCCAGAAUUGCUGUGAUGUCCUUUCCAGCAGAAGGUGUAGAAUCUGCCAUCAAAAAUAACAUAGAAGAUGUGCGGUUAUUUUUAGACUCUAAACACCCUGGACACUAUGCUGUUUACAAUCUAUCUCCAAGAACAUACAGGUCUUCAAGAUUUCAUAAUAGGGUUUCUGAAUGUGGUUGGCCAGCAAGACGUGCACCAAAUCUUCAAAACCUUUACAGCAUUUGCAAGAACAUGCAUUUAUGGCUAAAGCAAGAUCACAAAAAAGUUUGCAUUGUACACUGCCUUGAUGGAAGAGCAGCAUCUGCUGUUGUAGUUUGCUCUUUUUUAUGUUUUUGCCGUCUCUUCACUACUGCGGAGGCUGCGGUUUAUAUGUUCAGUAUGAAACGCUGUCCACCUGGCAUUUGGCCUUCUCAUAAAAGGUAUAUAGAAUACAUGUGUGACAUGAUGGCAGAAGAACCCAUUAUUCCUCACAGCAAGCCAAUCCUUAUCAAAUCAAUUAUCAUGACACCAGUUCCUCUGUUCAGCAAACUGCGAAAUGGCUGUAGGCCUUUUUGUGAAGUUUAUGUUGGGGAUGAAAGAGUGACCACUACCUCACAGGAAUAUGACAAAAUGAAGGACUUCAAAACUGAGGAUGGUAAAGCCGUAAUCCCACUGGGUAUAACAGUCCAAGGUGAUGUUCUCAUUGUGAUCUAUCAUGCCAGGUCGACAUUAGGAGGCAGACUCCAAGCCAAGAUGGCUUCAAUGAAGAUGUUCCAGAUUCAGUUCCACACAGGUUUUGUGCCCCGGAAUGCCACCACAGUGAAAUUUGCUAAGUAUGAUCUGGAUGCUUGUGACAUUCAAGAGAAAUAUCCUGACUUAUUUCAAGUGAAUCUGGAAGUGGAGGUGGAGCCCAGAGACAGACCCUGUAGUGAACGAGCGCCAUGGGAUAACUUGAACAUAAAGGGACUGAAUCCCAAGAUCCUUUUCUCCAGUCGGGAGGAACAACAAGAGAUUUUAUCGAAAUUUGGUAAACCUGAGUUGCCUAGACAGCCAGGUUCAACAGCACAGUACGAAGCAGAAGAGUCCAAAUCGGAACAGUCUCCCGAAAGCGCACCCACUGAGCCGGACUCUCCACAGAGCAGCAGCACUGAUGCAAAUAACUUCUUCCAUACUCUGGACUGGGAAGAAGGAAAAGAUCCAGAGUCUGGAGCAGAGGACCGCUUGUCCAAAGAUAAUCAUCCUGGACUGAUUGAUGACAGGGAUGAAAGUGACCCAUCCGAUGAAGAAUUUGCUGCAUUUCCUAGUGAAGGAAGAACAGAAAUAGUUGAAGAAAAAGAAAAACCCAGUCCUCCAGAAGAAGAUGCAGAUAUAUUCUUUGAAGCUAAUUUUGAAACGCCAUCUGCCCAACCACAAGAACCUCAGUUGGAAGACCACGUAGAUUUAUUGGGACUAGACUCUGAUGUUCCAUCAGAGCAGAAUCAAACUGCCUCAGAUAUGAAGAGCUCCUCUAGCAACGCAGACUUACUGAACAAUUUGUUUGUGGGUAGCACAUCGCAGGUUUCAGAAGAGUCUACUGGGGACCUUCUAGGAGAAGGGGCAGACUUCUUUUUCAGCAGUCAACCUCAGCCUUCAGCUAGUAACCAGAGUACAUCUCCACCCACAACAUUGUCUUCUGCUGCUGAUCCAUUUGACCCAUUCACAAUGUCAUCAGGAUCUGAGAAGCCGACUUUGUCUGGUUCUGAUCUCUUUGGAGCCUUUCUUAAUCCAAAUGCAACAUCUACAUCUAGUAUAUUUCCUUCCACACACAGCGCACCACCUCCUUCUUCCAGCUCAGACUUCUUACGUUUAGGAAAUUUGGCUCCAGACCUACCUAAAAUGACUUCCUCCGCAAGCCACCCAGAUCUUUUAAGCGGAUGGGAUUCUUGGGCAGAUUCCCCAGCUACAGCCAACCUAGCAUCACAACAGCCGAAGAAGCCUGCACUUGAAGGCCAAGCUCUUACUACAGGAAGCCAGACAAGUGUGCCUUCAGGUUUGUCUUUCAGCCAACCAAAAUCUCAGAACUUCGACCCCUUUGCUGACCUUGCUAACCUUAAAUCUGGUCUUCCAGGUCCUUCCAGUGGUGGAUUCCCAGCUGGUGGGUUUGGUCAGAAGUCAGCUCCAUCCCAGAAAGGAGGGAAUCAGUGGCAGACAAAGAAACCACAAAAUACAGGUACUUCGUGGCAGUCCCACACUCAACCACAGCAAGCUAAAUCCAGCACACAGAGUAAACCCAACUAUACCGGGAACUUCAGUGUUAUUGGAGGUCGAGAAGAGAGAGGUAUCCGAGCUCCAGGCUUUGGACAAAAGCCAAAAGUUUCAGAAAAUGAUUUUGAGGAUCUAUUAUCUAAUCAAGGAUUUUCAGCUAAAUCUGACAAAAAAGGAACCAAGACAAUUGCUGAGAUGAGAAAGCAAGAAAUGUCUAAAGACAUGGACCCCUUAAAAUUAAAGAUUCUAGAUUGGAUUGAAGGAAAAGAGAGAAAUAUAAGAGCAUUAAUAUCCACUCUUCACACUGUGCUCUGGGAAGGGGAGAACAAGUGGAAGCCAGUUGGCAUGGCAGACCUAGUUACCCCUGAACAAGUAAAGAAGUACUAUAGGAAGGCAGUACUUGUGGUUCAUCCAGAUAAGGCCACAGGACAGCCUUAUGAACAGUAUGCCAAAAUGAUCUUCAUGGAGUUGAGUGAUGCGUGGUCAGAGUUUGAAAACCAGGGAUCAAAAUCCCUUUUCUAAAACUUCAUCUGUACGGGAUUUUCAAAAUGUACGUGCAGCAAAAUGGAGUGGAGUAUUGUUAGUCUGAAUUUCUUAUCUCUAUGAUUUAGGGAAGAGUUUUGCAUGAUUUCAGCACAGUUUGAAAUCAUACACUCAGAAGUGGGUGAUGCAUUUUGUAAGAUGCAGAAUCCAAAACAUACACAGAUGCCCUCAGAAAACAGCUGCUCAGUGCUUCAGAAUCUUAGCCCGAGAACAGAUCUUUCCAUUCCGGUUUAAAUAUGGUGAAAUAGAAGUAACUUUAAUGAUGUCCACUGAUUUUUGGUGUAAUGGUAUCAAAAGCGUAAGCCAUUCCAAAUCCACUGAUUUUUUUAUUUUUCUUUAAAAGAAACACACAACCUCAAUUUGUACUUUAUAUUUUCAAUAGUUAUGAUUUGAUUUUGAUGUUUGGUGCCGUCGCCUUAUUCUAAGUGCUUUAGUUAUAUUAUCAGCAGUGAAUUUGCUCAGCAUAUCUUUUUGUUGAAUCUAUAAGAGGUGUACAUUUUCAUCUGUAUUUUGUGUAAUCAUUCAGAUAAUCAUUCUGUAAAUAAUUAAAAUAUUUUCUGACAAUACCUGUGUUCCUUACAAUGAAUUGACAGUUGCUUAGCCAAAAAGCUCCCAGUUAUGGGAAAGUCAGCCAGGGUUGUUGUUGAUAUAUUUUUUUUUUAAUGCAUAUCAUGAACCUGGAAAUAAAUCUUAGCUUUAAUAUAAGGACUGCACAUUCUAACUUUUUGUUAUUUAUUAUGAACUUUUGAAAGGCACAACUAUGACUAGCGUUUAUUUUCCUACUCUGUGAAUUUCAGCUUUUACUCGUAUUUUUUUUUUCCAGUGGAAUGUGCCUUCCAUUGGCGUUAUAAAUACCGUACUAGAAAAAAUGUUGACAGUCAUUUAUUCCGAAACUUGAAAUGUGAGCACAAAACCGUUUACUCUGCUUUGAUUUGUCUGUUUUAACUGAGUCAAUGUUAUAUUGUUAGCUAUCCUCUUGAAAGCAUUUCCUGUGCUUAUGCUGACAGUGGGAUACUUAUGUUGCAUGUCUGAGAACUUGAUUUUUAGAAGCCUGCAUGCACAUAGCUAUGUAUGCAAAGAACCAACCAGUGUGUAUAGUUAGGACAUCAUAUACUUGAUGUACACUGUGAGUGCAUUGGCUGGUGCAAGCCUAGUUGAGAACCCAGCGUGAGAACACAGCUCACUCCACUGUUGUUUCUCGUCUCUUUAAAAAAGAAACAAACAAAUUAACAUGUACAAGUAUAUGGAUAAUUGAAUACUAACGACCAAUGACUAUUGUACAGUAUUGUAUAACUCCAAACUGUAAAUCCCAGUUCCUGGGCUAGUUUGCAAAUGUUUGUUAGAGUGAUAUUUAAGUUUUGGUGACCAUCUCUUGCACUGGAACUUUGCUACCCAAGUCGCUUAAAAGAUGUAUUUUUAAUCAAUUUGCCUUUGCAUCCAAUUUGGAUUCUUAACUGCAAAAGGCGCUGCAGUGACAUCAAGGCAGCUGUCUUACAAUGAGCAUCUUCUGAUUUUUCUAUUCCGAUUAUCCCACAAUUUGCAUGAAAUGAGGCUUUCCACUGCCAAAUCGACAUCACAGUGAAUGGGUUGGAGAAGAGGUUGGUUGGUUUGUUUGUAUGCUGGGUACACUUUACGGGCUCCCACCAAACUCAGAUACAACACAGUUGAACUGUUACCUCUGUAUGUAAUGUGUGCACAUAUAUUCGGUCACUGUGAAUUUUGAAAGAGUCGAGGAGGAUUAUUGAACUCUGAUCUGAAACGCAAAGUAUGGCCUUAGGCUGGUACAGCUCUGAAUUGGCCUUAAUCUCAUUGGUUCUUCUUCGAGUGUUUGCUCACGUCGAUUCUAUUCUGGGUGUGUGCGCAUCCACAUGCACAGUUGUCAGAGACUUUUGCCUUAGCUGUAUCCGCAGGCUUGGCUGUGGUGCCUUCUGGAGUGCCACACUCGUGCGUCGGUACAUCAGGCGCCACCGGCCCUACGCCCCCUCAGUUCCUUCUUGCCGCCUGUGCUGGUUGGUCCAAGUGCCUCGCAGGUGGUCAGUGGUUCUUUCCCUUUGAGUUACAGCUGUAAAUAGUUUUGUUUGUUGUAGAUUAGUUAGUAAGUAGCUGUUAAGUACUAAGUUAGUCCGUAAGGGUCCCGGUGGGGACUUUGCCCCAGGCAGGGCAUGCCCCAGUCACCGGGUUUUAAGCCCUGCCUGUUAGUGACCUGCAUGGCAGCUGUCUGAAGUGCCUGGGGGAAUCCCAGGUAAAAGAAAAGUGUUGCGUCUGUAAGAACUUUUGUCCCAAGACACCGAAAGAACGCGACAUUCGUUUGAAGGCCCUCCUCAUGGAGGCUGCUCUCCAGCCUCAGAGCUGUCCCAGCCGGAUGCAACUCCCAGCACGUUGGGCUCGGUGUGUAGUGCACCGCUGGCACCGGGCUCUACCUGGCACCGAUCCCCAAGAAGAAAUCUAAAAAGUAGGAACCAGCACUGAGCAAGAUGGACCAAGGGGCAUUGGGUCAAGGACCUGUUUUGGCCACUGGCCCAUGCCAGAGCCCCAGGGGGACAUGUCCCUGAGUGGACCUCCUAACCCCCAAGGGAUCUGCCACUGAUUCCAGGGAGCGGUAGGAGACCCAGACUUAUGGCGGAGUUAACGCCUUCCCCGCUCCCUGCGCUGAGAAAGCAAAGGACAUCGUGUAUGACGAUGGACCCAGCAAAGGCUCUCUACGAGGGCAAGCCAGCCAUGAAAGCCUCCCAGAAGGCGAGUGAAUGCUGCCAGUUUCUGGAGCUGAGGCAGAACUCCUUGUCGCUGAGUCCCUGGUUUCCGCAUUAGCCCAGGUCACCGGUUCACCACCACAGAUCGCCAGCCCUCCCGGUUUCCAUCCUCUCAUUGCCCUCCCGGUUUCCAUCCUCUCAUUGGCUCCAAUUCACUGCGCUUCCCCUUGGCCUCUCCUCGGCACCGUGAGUAUUUACAAAAUGCCUGGCCCCAAUAGUCGCUUACCUGAGGCAUUGGGGGGGCCCAGGUCUAUCCUUAUCUCAACGAUUGGCUCAUCAAGGGCAAGUCGCGGGAUCAAAUGCAGAACAGUCUCUUGAUCUGGUGCGUUCCACCAGUCACGACCUGGGCCUGUUAGUGAAUGAAAAGAAAUCGACCCUCAUACCAGUGCAACGAUAGAGUUUAUUGAGGCAGUCCUCAACUCCACAUGGGCCAGAGCCUUCCUUCGGGAGGCCCUUUUCCAAGCCAUUUCGGAUGUGAUUUCCUGUAUAAGGGGCCACCUGCUCACCACUGCCCGCACUUGCCUAUGGUGGCUAGGCCACAUGGCUGCCUGUACUUACACGGUCCAUUAUGCCCAGCUCCACCUCCGGCCGCUGCAGGCUUGGUUGGCAUCGGUCUAUAUCCCCAACAGGCAUGACCUCGAUCUGGUAGUCAAGGUGCCGGACCACGCCCAGUCAUCACUGCCAUGGUGGUUGGACCCCCACAUUGGCAUUGCAGGGAGUUCCCUUGGCGGUCCCAUCGCUAACUCUGGUUUCCGACGUCUUGGACCUGGGCUGGGGGACCCAUCUAGGUGAGCUCAGUACACAAGGCCGCUGGUCGGGGUUUGACCGCUCCCUCCACAUAAAUGUCAGGGAGCUCAGAGCGGUUUGCCUGGCCUGUCAGGGUUUUCAGUCCCACGUACAAGGCAAAGUGGUUCAAAUCCUGAUGGAUGACAUCGCCAUGAUGUUUUAUAUCAACAAAAGCAAGAUGGAGCCAGGUCACCAGCCCUCUGCCAGGAAGCUCUGGGACUUCUGUGUGCAGCAUGCUGUUCAUCUCGUGGCAGCACACCUCCCUGGAACCAGGAACAUGUUAGCAGCUUGCCUCAGCAGAGCCUUCUCGUCUCUCCACGAAUGGUCACUCCACCCCGAGGUGAACAGCGGGAUCUUGUGAAAGUGGGGAUCUCUCCAGGUGGACUUGUUCACAACUUGACAGAAAAGGAAAUGCCAUCUGUUCUGCUCAUUUCGGGGGAUCAACGGGCUCCUUGUCGGACGCCUUCUUUCUUCCGUGGUCGGGGCUCUGAUGUUCACUUUCCCACCAGUGUCGUUGCUUCACAGAGUCCUCGUGAAGAUAAAUGGACACAGCCAAGGUUAACCUGAUGGCCCUGGCUUGGCCUCGGCACACUGAUGGACCUGUUGGCCACGUCCCUGCUGCAGCGCCCCUCGGGCUGGAUCUUCUCUCCCAGAAUCACGGCAGGCUUUGCACCCGAAUCUGGCAGCUCUGCACCUGACCGCUUGGUUGCCGCAUGGUUAACUGCGGAAGAGCAGGAGUGGUCGGCCCACAUCCAGCAGAUCCUACUGGGGAGUAAAAAGCCCUCCACUAGAGCAACCUUCCUGGCCAAAUGGAAACUAUUCACGUGCCACGGCCCUAGGGGUUAGGCCUGAGCAGGCCUUGCUGCAGUCGAUCCUGGACUACCUUGUGCAUCUCAAGCUCCAUCAAUUAGGCUGAUAUGGCGGCUAAGUGGACCUUUUCACCCUCCGUUCCAGGGCAGGUCGGUCUUCGCUCAUAACAUGACAGUCUGGUUCUUGAAAGGUCUGGAGUGACUUUACCCCCAGGUCUGGGACCCAGUCCCUCUGUGGGACCUGAAUCUGGUGCUUGCCAAGCUCAAGAGAGCUCCCUUCGAGCCCUUGGCAUCCUGUUCCCUUCGUCUGCUCUCCUGCAAGCUGUCAUUCCUGGUGGCGAUCACUUCUGCCUGAAGGGUCUCUGAGAUCUGGGCAGUUACCUCGGGCCUGUCCUAUACAACGUUUUCCUGGACAAGGUCCACCUGCAGCCGCAUCCAGCUUUCCUGCCCAAGGUGGUUUCGCAAUUUCACAUGAGCAGGACAUAUUUUUGUCAGUCUUCCUGAAGCCUCAUAAGUCUGAGGAGGAACGUAGGUUGCACUCCCUGCAAGCCUUCUACAUCGAGAGGACCAAGCCAUUCCGCAAGUUGUCACCGUGGCCAAUAGGAUGAAAGGUCAUCCAGUGUCCACCUGGAGAAUUUAAUCCGGGAUCACUGCCUGCAUCCGAUUUUGCUAUCAUCAGGCAAAAGUGCCUCCACCGGCGAUUGUAACCACCCACUGAACUAGAGCACAAGCCUUGGCAGCGGCCUUCCUGGCCCAUGUGCCAAUUCUAAACAUCUGCAGGACCACCACCUGGUCAUCCAUUCACACGUUCACCUCUCACUAUGCACUUACCCAGCAAGCCCGAGACAAUGCUGGCUUCGGUAGAGCAGUAUUACAAGCUGCACAUCCGUUAAUUCUGAGACCACCUCCGGGGAUACUGCUUGUGAGUCACUUAGAAUGGAAUCGACAUGAGCAAGCACUCGAAGAAUUAAAAAUGGUUACCCACCUUUUCACAUCUGUUCUUGGAGAGGGAAGGGGGGACGGAUAGCUCAGUGGUUUGCGCAUUGGCCUGCUAAACCCAGGAUUGUGAGUUCAAUCCUUGAGGGGGCUAUUUAGGGAUCUGGGGCAAAAAUCUGUCUGGGGAUUGGUCCUGCCUUGAGCAGGGGGUUGGACUAGAUGACCUCCUGAGGUCCCUUCCACCCCUGAUAUUCUAUGAUUCUGUGUGUUGCUCAUGUCCAUUCCAUUACCUACCCACCUGCCCCUCUGUCGGAGUUGCCGGCAAGAAGGAACUGAGAGGGCGUAGGGUCGCUGGCACCUGAUAUAACGACAAAUGAGCACAGCACUCCAGAGGGUGCCAUAGCUGGCCCUACAAACACAACUAAGGCAAAAGUCUCUGACAACUGUGCAUGUGGUUACCUAGGGUGGAAUGGACAUGAGAAACUCACUUUACAUGUUUGGGGCCCUUCAUACAACUUGUAUACAAGGCCUAUUUUCAUGAAAUUUAGGGUCCUCUUGGGAGGGCUGAAGUAUUAAGAUUAUAAGGACUUUUACAAAUCUAUCUGGGGCAAGGUAAUGUAAAGCAAUGUAAGUUGUAUACCCAGGGGGUGGGGAAGAGUGGUUUGGACCAUUAGGCAGUAGUGCAUUUUUAAACUUUGUUGGGCCAGGACAUUUUAAAGGGAGGUUGUCAGUUUUAAAAUCAUGUAGCAAAGAAAUAAGAAAAAAACACCAAGUAUAGCUACUAAGAUUACUGUAACGGAAAAGGUUAGAGAACUAUUUUUUUCUGUUUACUUUGUGUAUUUCACAGCACUUCAUGUGCAGUCACUUUCACGCUUUCUCUUGUAUCAUCAGUGUGCGGGUUUUGGGGGCAGCCACAGGGAGCAAUUUAAAAUAAUAAAAAUUGGCGAGGUGAGGGAAGGACAAGUACAGGACCAAAAACUCAAGUCAGUUUGAAAUGUGGCUAGGUUUCCAGUGUGGUGUCCUUUGAAGUCUAGGAGAACUGGGGAGUGUGGUAGUGGAUUUUUAAGAAAAGACUAUUUCUGCCAGUUACUGUGAAGUCUUUGUGAAGUAAUGAAGUAUGGAGAGGCGAUAUGAAUAACAAAGAGCCUAGAGUUACCCCCUUAACCAAUGUGGGGUACUGCAAGGAAUGAGUUGCCUGCCUUUCAUCCAAGUUGUCUCCAUUUAAUUGACGGGUGAAGUGAUAGAGAUGUAUGAAGUCUUUGGGGAUGGAAGAUGCUGUAUGGAUGUGUAAUUAGUAAAUCUUGCUAGAGACACUUGAUUGCCUUGGACUGAACUGUUUAUUAUGGGAUACAAGAAUGUAUAUAGUAGACAGUGGGUUUCAGUAAAGAACUGUUCACGUUUCCGUUUGUGGGUUUUCAGAAAUCACAAUCAUCAUCACUGUUGAAAUGCCACAGUCUCUAGUACAAGGAGCAGCGGAUCUCCACCAUGGCUGGGGACAGGAAGUGCCACCACUGCACAUGGUGCUUAAUCUUACAAAACCUGUCACUGGACCUUUUAAUGUCAACGCAGCACAGCCAUGACUUCUGGGCAUCAGUAUUUAAUCCUGGGUACCUAGAGUUAGGCAUCUAAAAUAAGUGGCCUAAUCUUCAAAGGACUGAGCCCUGUAGUUCCUGUGGAAGUGAACAGAGUGAUUAGCACUUGAUCUCUUUCACUUAACUGCCCAGCCUUAGGCACCCCAACUUGAAAACACCAGCCUCUGUUUUUUAGUGUUUCAGCAGAAAUACCUCAACUCAGGAAACUGCAGGGAACUUAAAUGAUGCACCUCAAAGAAAGGAAAAGCUGAGCUGCCCCAUCUCAGAAUCAGAUGGUGGAGCGUGACUUAAAUAUUUGAGACCAGUGUAUGGAACACGUGCCCGUUCCCUGCUGGUUUCUGUUUAGAAGUUCAGAUGAAGUUCUAGCAAGUUAGUGUUCUGAACUGAGACUGUAAACAGCAGAGUCGCUUCUCAGAGAAAAGUGCCAUCAACGUAAUGAUUAAAGGCUAGACAAAGCUAAGUAUUCACUAAUGAUUGGUAGUGUAUUGGGAAGGGCAGCCACCUGGUGACGGUUCUGUCGCUUCUAAUUCUGACAUCAUUCCUUUCCCGAGCUGUUAUACUGGCUGAGGUGAGCAGGGCCUUUUCAGGCCCACCUGCCAUAAUGAGCAACAGGUGGUGAAGUGUCGGGGCAAGACUGACUUUUAGCCCUAAUGACCCCCAAAAUGCCAGUUACAGGUCAGGAGACCUUGAUCUGUAACUGGCCCAGAUGACCAGCAUGCACGCAAUUGUCACCCAGGAAAUAGUUCUACUGAAAGAAAAGCCAGUGGGGGAACCCUCCCCCACCACUGGGACACAUUCUUUCUAUUGGUUGAAUGUUGUGAUUAAUUUAAUCUUUGAUGAAACAAUUCCGCAUGACACACCCACAGUCCAAAAGAUACACAUCUAAAUACAUGUCCUAAUUGAAAAUAAUGCAGCCAUUUUAGUUAGUCUCUUCCUACAGCCAGACACAGUGUGGCUGGAGUGUGUAAGUGGCUAGUGAGUACACGUCUAGAGGAACUGCUGAGUUCAGUGCUGUUUUUCUUUUACCUAGAAUGGCAUUAGCAGAAUAAGUGAGUCGGGUAUUUAACAGUUGUAUUAAGGAGUAAUGGUGGUUAAAUUAGGAAAAAUGACCAACACUUCGGAAAAACUAUUCCUAAUUUUAUUGUUUAACCCUGGCUAAAGAUUCGACGUACAGUAGAACCUCCCUAGGGUCUUGCUUUUCAGAAGUUCUAGGUGUUCCAGUUUCCAUUCUCUCCAGAGGAAGUUUUGGGGGCCCACCGAUGCGAAGGGGGAGGCCUUUGAGCCCGUUAGUGAUGUUUACAAGCAGUUAGCGCUAGGGAGCAGGGGUAGUGCUGAUCAGUUGCAGAGAACCAUGUCACCCUGCUCCCUCUUGCCCCUGGCUGAGGCCUGAUCCACAGCUACUUUUAUUUACAUAGCAACAAGUGCGGGCUAGGCCCUCGAGAAGCAAGAGAAAAACAGCCCUUCCCCAGAAAGCUUGCAAGGAGUUUAAUGGUGAGAGGAUGGAAAAUGAAAAAUAAAUGAGCAAUAAAUAAGAUCUAGCAAGAGCAGGUCCAUCAACUUCUGUUCCUAAUGAGACUGAAGUGGCAGCAGGGUCUCUCUUUGCUCCCUCUGCAGCUGGAGGAGAAGUAGACAUGUGACACCACUCAGUAAUCCCAACCUCCCUGGUCUGUAGCCCAGUGCCCUGCAAACCCCUUUCUUCGUACUUGGAACCUCACUGGUAACUGGGGUGACCAGAGGUCCUGAUUUUAUAGGGACAGUCCCGAUAUUUGGGGCUUUUUCUUAUAUAGGCUCCUAUUACUCCCCACUCUCUGUCCCGAUGUUUCACACUUGCUAUCUGGUCACCCUACUGGUAAUGCAAACCUGCAAUGAGAUUUCAGUUUAACUGCAGCCCUUACAAUUCAUUACAAAAUGCAAUGCCCUGGAUGUACCAGCUAAUCCUGCUGGCAGAUGCAUGCCUUCAGCCAUACUGAAAUGCUGCGUGUUUACCUUCUCACUUGUUAACUGCUCAUUUAAAUGUAAACGGUAGCUCUUCUCACUGGACUGCCCCUUACUGGUUGCGUUGUUCUCUCCCCUUCCUCCUCAGCAUCUCAUUCCCAAGCAUGUUAAGUCUUUAAAAUUAGAACAAGUACCCAUCACAACUUGAUUUUAUAUGCUCUGUUAGUAACUCAGCAUGUGGUGCUUCGUCAUCAAAAAUAUUUAGCGAGACAAGGUGGGUGAGGUAAUACCUUUUUUUUGGACCAACUUCUAUUAGUGAGAGACAGGCUUUUGAACCACGCAGAGCUCUUCUUCAGGUUAGUCCAAUAAAGGAUAUUACUUCACCCACCCUGUCUCUCUAAUACCCUGGGACCCACACGGCUACAACUACACUACAUAAAAAAAUAUUUAGAGCAUUUUAGAGUCUGAGGUAAAACUGAAGGUAACAACGUGCACUUAAGAGUUAGAAACAAACAAUUGUCCCCUGAGAAGUUCAUUUGAUAUAGACUCAUAGACUCAUAGACUUUAAGGUCAGAAGGGACCAUUAUGAUCAUCUGGUCUGACCCCCUGCAUGCUGCAGGCCACAAAACCGUCCCUACCCCUUCCCUUGACUCCGCUGUUGAAGUCCCCAAUCCUGUGUUUUAGUGACUUCAAUUGGCAUCGCAGAUGAAUUGAAGUUCAUACAGAUUGCCGGCCUGUUGAUGUAGUCCUGUAUUAUGUCUUAAACUUUGCACUUGCUGUGUUUGCAAAGGUGGUAUUCCGUCUGGUUAUCCACUGUAUUUCAGCCUACAAGCGGUGCAGCCUCUAAAGACCACACUUGGUAUACUGAACUGUAAUGCUUUGUGGUCUGGAUCUGGAGUCCUUUCAGGCCUACUGUGAAUGAAAAGCAACCGUCUUUGCAUGUUAUCAGUUCAUGGCUGCAGCCACAAAGGAGUUAGUCCUCGACAAAGUCAACACUGCUGUAGUGCAGGAGCAAACUUAAGAGGAUGUAGCGUAAAUCAUUGUGGAGGAGCAGAGGUCAACAGCCCGAUUCUAAACUCACUUAAAACACCAGUGUAAAAAAGUCACCGCUACUCCAUUGACUGCGGUGGGAUUAUUCAUGCCUUGCACCAUCAUCAUCACAUGCAGAAUCAGAGGCUAAGACUUGUAUAGUCUCUGGUCUCCAACUGUUUUCAGAGCAGCACUGCCUGCCUGCAAUCAGUUAAAUCCAGGACCAAGGCCUGGCUGCAGGGACCGUUUUUGGGGAGUGGGGCAGUGAGGGAAGGGAAUAUACAAUGUGAAAGUGAGGGACAGUUCUAGUCAUUGUUUCUGGGGUAAUAAACUGUAGACAAUAGGAAUUUGUCAGCUCUGUAGGGUAGGGCAAUUGAGCUGUGACUAUAGAUCUGACCCAAAGGAGAGCUGACAGUGAAGGCGUGGUUAAGAAUAGUUCAGUGUACUUUAAAGAUGACCUAAAAGGAGGGCAAUAUCUUCCUGAAAGUGUGUGUGGUGGUGAUGAUGAAAUCCGCUUACUUUUUCUUUAACUGUAAGAACACCAGGCAAGCCAAGCCUGGCCUUCCCUACUUUGGCUUGAGAACUCGGACAUAUCCAAUAGGAAUAGAAUAGUGAUUUAGAAUUGAGCAUUUUGGUAUUUUCAUCCAGUGCUAGCCAUAUAGAAUCAUUAACAGAGAAGUCUUUUCUCCCUAGUGGGUGUUAGCUAUGGAGUUAAGUAGGCUACCCAAAGAACAGUCUGAUUAAAUAGCCCUUCCACUUUGUCACCUCUUUCCUCCAGCAAAGAAGGUAGGCAGGACCUGAAAUUGUCCUCUUAAGCCACACUGGCCAGGAGGGAUGUGAGCAUAAAUAGCAAUACAGGGACACUUUCAGCCCUUCAUCCAUCAGCAAAACAGGCAAGUAGUCUUUCCCUUUGCACUUCAGUGUAAAGUGAACUGCUGCUCCGUUAGUGCUCACACUCACUAGAUUGAAUUGUGGGGUUUUUUUACCUCCUCUUAGAAGAGCUGGCUUUGUACCAUGAGCAGAAUGAGUUCCUCUCCAAGCAGAGUUUGUUCUCUCAAAGUUGUGUUCUGGGCAUUAAGAUUUUGCACAAAUACGGGCCUGACCUGGGAGGUGCUGAGGACUUGCAAUUCUCAGUCAUUGGGACUCUCAAAUGUUCAGCGUCUCCGGAUCAGACUUUUAAUUUUCCCAGCCACUUGCAAUGUAGGCCCAAUAGUUUAAUUUGCUGCCUAUGAAAAAUAGUUGCAGGGUCUUAGGAGUUUAAUUAAUUGAUUUUAAAAGUGAUUCACUUGUAUAAGUUCUACACUUAGUUUUCCAAGAAUUUCUUUAUCACAAAUACUUUGAUAUUGUGAAUGAGGUUAAAAUAAAACCUUAACGUUUUGGUCUUGCACUUUUCUUUGUGGGUCAGCUGAUGUUUUUCUGUUGGAGUUGAAGGUAAUCAGCCUUCAAAAUCACUAAUAAGAAUGUGUCACUUUCCCACUGCUUUAGUCUACUCCUAAUGCAGAAAUCUUUUAACUACCAGAGAUGUGUAUUCAGAAUAUUUAGCAAUGGUCAUAGAGUAUUGAAAUCUGUGUAUUAAGGUAAGAGAAUAACAAAUGGACUAUGGUCCUAAUCUCUUUGAAUCUUGCAUAAUUCACUUACCCCCUGUUUAAGAUAAGUUUAUUGCCAGACUGGUGGUUAUACUGCCUCACAUUUUAAAACAGACACUCCAAAAAUAUGACUGCAACUGUUCUAUGAAGGAUGCAUUUUCUGAUUGAAGUUUUUUGAUGAAGUGUUGCAAAACAGGAUUGAGAGGCCUCCAGAAACCUCUCUUUAAUUGAAUGUACUGUAUAUUUGCAAUUUAGUCUUCUAGCAUCUAAAUUAGGAAGAUUUAAAUCACUUGGAGAUACUUUGUGUAAUUUUAUGUAGUUGCUACUGUACUUUUUAUUUGAGUUUUUUGUUUUCUGAGUGGAAGGACAAAGGAAGUUUGUACCUUGUUUUCGGCAUCUUUAUCAGGAAAUGCAAUGUAUCAAGUCAUUUUGCUACUAGUGAAAUGAAAAUCUAUACAUGUGUAUGUAUAUAAAGGAAAUAGUCUAAGAUUAAACCUUGUAAACAAAAAAUGAAUGGGCUAUUAAUGUUGGGCACAACGUUUUUGAACAAAACACUUUGUUUGAAAUGUGACAUGAUUCAAGCAAUGAUCAAUUAAAACAAAACAAACACA